AUGCCGCCACCGGUGGAGGGCACCCUCUUCUCGUUACCUACCAAGGCAGUGGUUUUGGACCUGAGAAUCAGCACCAUCAGCACCUGCGUUCUUUUAGUGGACGAGCGCUUCUCGGACGGAGCUCCCAUGGGCGGGGCCCUUGGCGGCGAGGCAAAUGCGAGCUUUUAUGCGCAGCUGGCCAGCCACGAGGGCAAUGUGCCGUGGUUUGCAACUUUUGUCAAGGAUAAGGGUCACGUCGAGUUUUAG